AUGCACUUUACGUAUGGUCUCGCGGCCGUGGCCUGCCUCGUGGGCACGACACUGGGUCAAGCCAAGGUCAAGUUCAUGCCACUCGGUGACAGCAUCACCGAGAUCACCUGCUGGCGGGCGACGGUAUGGGACAACCUCGUCAGCGCGGGCGUGGCGUCCCGGACCGACUUUGUAGGGUCGUCGACGACGAACCCGCAAAACUGCCAGGCGCGCGACGGCAACUGGAACAAGCGGCACGAGGGCCACUCGGGCUACCAGGCGGUCGACAUUGUGCGCAACAACCUGCCGGGCUGGCUGAACCAGAACGUGCCCGACGUGGUCAACUUCAUGCUGGGCACCAACGACGUCAACCUCGGCAACCGGCAGACCUCGGAGAUCCUCGGCGCCUACACGGGCAUCGUGCAGCAGCUGCGGGCCAAGAACCCGCGCGUCAAGGUCAUGGUCGACACGGUCCUGCCCCUGCCCUUCAAGCAGGCGCCCAUCACGGCCCUCAACAACGCCAUCCCCGGCUGGGCGGCGGGCCUGAACACGUCCCAGUCCCCCAUCGUCGUCGUCGACGUCGCCGCCGGAUACCCCACCUCGGCCCUGAGGGACCAGGUCCACCCUAACGCCGCCGGCGAUGCCAUCAUUGCCGCCAAGAUCUCGCCCGUCCUGAUCCGCCUGAUCAAGGACGUCAUUGCCGAGAAGGGGCUGUGA